CUAUGUGUUGGUGUGAAUGAAUGAGAGAGGGGGCUGUGAAUAAGUGUGACUGUGCUGGGCUCAGCGUGAUUUACGGCUCUGCUGAAAACGGUUUUCCCUGCAGCUUCAGCACCACCAGCAGCAGCAACAAGUCAGGAUUGAGAGAGUAAUGCAACAGCGCACUUUUGAAGAAAACAGACACCCCUGGCAGGAGUCAUUUGAAAAUGUCAGUAUCUGCAUGCCAUUUCGUUGCCCACGAUGUGGUGACCACACUAGAUUCAGAAGCCUUUCUUCUCUGAGGGCACAUCUGGAGUAUAAUCAUAGGUAUGAAGAAAGAAGCCUUCUGACAAAAUGCAACCUAUUUUCUUCCCUCAAAGAUACAGACUUGCUCUCUUCCUCAGAGACGAUGACUCAAGGAAAACUGGGGAACACCAGCAAUGCAAUAAAACAAAAACCACCCUACAUAAAUUUGUGUGACACAUCACAGGAGAACCCAAAGAACAGAAAAUCACUGGAGAUGGAAGCUGAAAGGCCUAUCUCUUUUGUGGCAAAUUACAGGUCAGCAGACUUCACAGAUGAGCAGAUUUCUAAACCGCGGGUUCCAACAACAGACUCCAAAGCCUCUUUUGAGGCACAUGUACGAGAAAAGUUUAAUAGGAUGGUAGAAGCUGUAGAUAAAACAAUAGAGAAGAGAAUUGACAAGCUUACCAAAGAGCUGGCCCAAAAAACCGCUGAGCUGUUAGAAGUCCGGGCCGCUUUUGCGCAGCUGUCCCAGAAGAAACAGGAAGUUCAGAGGCGAGAGAGGGACCUGAACAGACAGGUGGACGUUGCUGUUGAGAUGAUUGCUCUACUGAAGCAACGUCUUACAGAGUCUGAGGAAGAACUUCACAGGAAAGAAGAAGAGGUUGUUACUUUUAACCACUUCCUGGAAGAGGCAGCUGAGAAAGAGGUCCGUGGGAAAGCCAGGCUCCAACACUUCAUUGAGAAUCUAUUGCAGCGGGUUGAUCUGGCAGAAAGACAACUAGAAUAUUAUCAAAAUCAGCAGAUAAUGUGCAAUUACAAUGAUGUCAAUGAACAUAUGUUUACAGACCUCUCAUCAAAUAAGAUACCCAGAUGCCUAAGCCGAGGAAAUCAGCAUGGUUCAUAUAAUAUACCUGAUGCAAAACCUCAUUCCCUUCAAAAAGGUAGAAUGUUCCUAAAGAAAAACAAGGAUGACAAGAACAGCAUCCAACCAGUUACAUUCUUCUAUGAGCCUGUCGACUACUCAAGAGAGCUAUGGAGGCCACAGAAAAGAGGUGAACCAGUGAGUGCUGCCCGAAAGGUGAAUUCAAAAUCCACGCAGGGUAAAAAAGGCAAAUAGCUAUAGUAACAGAUUAUAUUAUAUAACAACACACAGGAGCUACUGGCACAAGGCUUCAACAAAACAGAUAUUGAAUCAUGUCUAUUAGCUAAGCAUUGUACAUUUCCUAUUCAUUUGUUAUGCCAUAAAAUAUUAAAUAUAAAUAUAUAAUAUAUACAGUAUGAAAGAAUAUAUUAUUUAGAAAUUUUGUUUCUCUUUUGGGGUCUAUACGCGAAGUAACAUUUAUUUAUGUCAGCUUACAUUUGAUUUUUCUAUUUAUUUAAUGCUAGAGACUAUUGAAAACGAUCCCAGUAUCUUGCUGUAUACUAUUGUGGCCAUAUACCAGAGAUUUUAGUGGCAGCAUGUGGUUUACUAAUCUAAUUUCCAUCUAUGUCGUUGCAUCAGUUCAGAAGAAUCCAUUUAAUUGGCAUCCUGAUACUCAGUCUUUGCGCUUAAUUGGUGUGAUUCCCAGGAAACAUGUUCAAUGACUAAACACUACAUAUACCAGGUUUCAGAGUAGCAGCCGUGUUAGUCUGUAUUCGCAAAAAGAAAAGGAGUACUUGUGGCACCGUAGAGACCAAUAAAUUUAUUUGAGCAUAAGCUUUUGUGAGCUACAGUUUACUGCUCAAAUAAAUUUGUUAGUCUCUAAGGUGCCACAAGUUCUCCUUUUCUUUUUACAUAUACCAGCACUCUUAGUUGUGAGAAGUGCAUUUUAGUGUAAUCCUACAGUGCUGUCUUCAAAGCUGUUCAUAGCAGCAGAUUGGUAUUUGCAAUCCUGAAUUUUCUCUGUGCAGCCUUGCAUGUUCAUUUCAUGCUCCUUUCCAUGCUUUAUUAUAGCUGCUAAACAAAUUGAUUUUACCUAGGGCCAAAUUCCAAGCUGGUGUAAAUUGACACAGCUCAAUUAACUUCAAUGUUUGCUUUGAAAAUGCUAUAUGCUUUGUAUUUUCAGUAUUGUUACAACUCCUGCCGUUGUUGAUCGGCAGGAACUGAACUGGGGAGCUCAGGCCUACAAUCAGAAGCUACUUCGUCCAUGUCUACACUGCAGUUAGAUACCUGCAGCUGGUCCAUGGCAGCUGACUUGGGCUCACGCCAGGGCUCAGGCUGAGGGGCUGUUUAAUUGCAGUGUAAAUGUUUGGACUCAGGCUAGAGCCUGAGCUCUGGCACUCUCCCACUUCGUAGGGUCUUAGAGCUCAGACUUCAGCUCAAGCCUAAACAUCUACACCUCAAUUAAACAGGUCCAUAGCCCGAGCCAGAGUCAGCUGGCACAGGCUAGCCUCGGGUGUCUAACUGCAGAGUAGACAUACCCUUUGAUUAACUCCAUUACCAACUAGCAGUAGUAGUUUCUUUCCCUCCAUGGAUCAGCAGCUAGAGGGAAAGUUAAGGUACACUAUGUGCCAGUGUGUUCCACUGUAUUAUGUGUUUUUAGGCAAUUAAUGAAUAUUUACCAGCACAGUGUGUUACAUGAUCCUCUCUUAAUUGGGAUGAUAAUUUAGGUCCCAAUCCUGCAAAUUUUUAUCCGUAUGAAUAUUCCUUUCACACACUAAUACUUCCGUUGAUUUCAAAUAAACACAUAUGAGUAAGGAUGUUAGAAAGAAUUGCAGGAUUGGAACUUUAACUGGAAUGUCUCUAUUUCCACUGGUUUGUGCCAAUUAAAAGGAUUCUACUUGAUCAUUGUGUUCUUCAGAAUUAAUUGUGUGUGUAUAUAUUUUUGGUAGCAUUAAUCCUUAUGACAAGUUUAUAAAUAUUAGCAUCCUGUUGAGAUUGCUGGCAAGAAUUGUUUUCUCGAGAAGAGAAUAAAUAGCUGAGUCAAGUCUCUGUUUAAUUUAUUUUUUAAAUGCUCUUAACAGAUGCAAAUUGUCUUUGUGGAAGCUGUUUUUUAAAGUACAUAUAUAAAGAUGUGCAGAAAAUGUUACUUGUUUUUUAUAAUUAUGACUGUAAGCCUAACAGUGAGAAGAAGCAGAAGAAAACAUAUCACCAUGACUAUUGCUGCAAUAAACUCUAGAUUUGCAAUAUAUUUGAUAUAGAAGAUAACUAAUAUGCUAAAAUGCAGGAAACAACAAAUGUCACAUUUUUCAUUGUAUAUAAUUCCCAGAAUGUAUCAUAGUGAAGAAUGAAAUGAUUGAGUUCUCACUUUUAUUUAAGAUAAUGUGUAUGGAACUAUCACGUGCGUGUUUAAACUUUCACAACACUGUUUCAACUGAAAGUCACAGUGUAAAAAAAUUCAGGUAUUUAAAUUGUUGACAUUUUAAUAUUUGUUUAGAUAUCUCAUUGUCACAUUUAUAGUUAUGUCAUGUUAUAUGUCAUGUACUGGUAAAAAAAAUUUUGUUAAUUGUAUUGCAUGCUGUUUUUUGUCCGGUAGUAUCUGAGGAGAACCAUCUUUUGCAAUCCAUGCAGCCUAACAUUCUUUAAACUUUUCUACUGCUUCCCAUGUUAUCAGCUUUCUUUGAAAAAAAAUUGCAUAUCUCUUUAUGAAGAUAAUAAAGGGGGAUGUUUAGAAAGAACUUAAGUAAAACCGAUUAGCCCAUUUCUUUAUUUAGUCAAGAAUAAAAGUCAUUUUUUAAUUUUUCAAUACCUUGUCUACUUUUUUUGGAUGAUAAGUCACCAAAGUUAAGCACAACUAUUCAUAUUUCAUGCAUGAGAGGCUUGUUUUAUUAUUUAUCAUCACUUGAAAUCUUUACUAUAAGUUGUCCAUUUAAAAAAAAAAGUUGCAUGUUCUUUAACUUUCUAAAUCCUAAAUUGUUAAAGACACCAUUUGCUGAAUCAAUGCCAAACUAGUCAGUUGCAAAGAAAUUGAAAUAUUCUGUAAUCCCCAGAAAAAAAAUUUAGAAUGUAAAAAUUCGAAUAAUAAAGAUAUAUUUCUCAGU